AUGAUUGCUUCUUCACGAGAGGCCCGGCAGAGCUGGAAGUACGGUGCGGCACUCCCAAAAAACAAGGCUGGGCUGGGAGGCAGCCUGUUCCAUCUCGGACUCGCCCCAAUAAAAGACUCCAUCGAGAGUAUGCGAUUCAGAAGCGGAAAUGGCCAGGCGGAAGAUCUCAAGCUGAAUCUCGGUGGGGAGGUCGGAGAGUGGGAAUCUGGAGAUGGUGCCCGAUCCGCCUACAGAUGGUGA